AUGCCGCCAAAAAAAAAAAAAAAAAGGACGGGCCGUCUCUACCUUCCCAAGCCUCCCCACUCCAGCAGGCCCCUCUCAAGGUGAUCUGCACUUGAUUCUGCUCCUCAGGGAACGGCCAUGCUCGUGGUAGCUACUGUUUCUUCCUCACUUACAUUAUGGUUUCUCCAUCCAAGUUGGCUUCCUAUCUGCAGUGGGUUGGCUUUGUCUGUUUAGAACAUCUCAUAAACGGAACCACACAGGAUGUCAAGUCCUAUGUGGCAGCGUAAUGUCGGCAGCAUCUGUGCUGCCGCCUGUAGUCUGGCUCAUCCUUUUUCAUUGCUGCAUACUAUUCCCCCUGUUUCUUGUGUGUUCUCCAUCUUUGGUCAAGGAUCUUGUGAGUUGUUUCCCUUUGAGGCUGUCAUGAUCAGAGCUGCCAUGAACAUUCUCGGCCAUGUAUUUCCUCCUGAGUAUCUACGCCUCAGAGUGGAAUUGCUGGAUUGGCAUAUUUUCAACUCUGCCUGUAAAUUUACAGAUGGUUUUCCAGAGGGGUUCCUCCAGCAGCAGAUGAGGGUUCCCAUUGCUCCGCAUCCUUGCUGGCACUCAUAUUAUUUGCCUUUAAAUUUUUCUGUCAGUCCAGGAGGGGUAGGGUGGGAUAUGAGGAGGAAUCUCUUCAUGGUUUUGUAUUUACUCAUUUUCUUCCCUCACUCUUUACAGAAGUGGGAACACAGCAUCAAGGCUUAAGCCAUUCUUGUUUCUGGUUUUGUCAUCCUCCUCCCCUGUGAGGGUAGUCCUCUGUUAAUCUGGAGCGGAGGCCCUGGAGGGGAGGUACACAGUCUCACAUGAAUUCCCAGUGAUGCCACUACUUCAUGUUUCCCCUCUGAGCAUCUCUUUAGUAACACAUAGGGUUGUGGAGUUUUCACCUUAGAAGGAUAUAUCUCACCAAGAGCUAAAACCCACCACCUGAUCUUUGCAGUUUCCCUCAUUGAAUGCUGAGAUCCCUUCCUGAGAAAACCCACUAAAUUCAGCUCAGCAUUUCGCCUCCCUUUUUGAAAUGUGGUCCACGGGAACAUCUGAAGCAGAUCUGAUGGAGUGAGAAAGAGAGAGGGGUUGACGAUGACUCCCAGGUGUGGGUCCCAAGCGUCCAAGAGAGUAGGGCUGCCCUUAGUGAGACAGAGAGGAUGAUGGGAGGGCAGGUUACGGUCAUGGGGCAGAUUUGAGGACCUGCUGGUGUUUAGAUGGUGUUGAAGCCUCGAGACUGGAUGGGACUGCUCUUCGGAGUAGGGAGCGGGACGGUGGCUGCCGAGGUGCGGAAGCAGGUGUCCCGGGAACGCAGUGGCUCUCCCCACUCCAGCAGGCGCUGCAGCAGCUCCCUGGGGGUCCCACUGACUGAAGUCAUUGAGCCGCUGGACUUUGAGGAUGUGCUCCUGAGCCGGCCGCCAGAUGCAGAGCCUGGGCCGCUCCGGGACCUGGUCGAGUUUCCAGCUGAUGACCUGGAGCUGCUGCUGCAGCCCCGGGAAUGCCGCACCACGGAGCCUGGGAUCCCCGAGGAUGGAAAGCUGGAUGCCCAGGUGAGGGCUGCCUUGGAGAUGUACACAGAGGACUGGAUAAUCGCCCACAGGAGGUACCAGCACCUGAGUGCAGCAUACAGCCCCAUCACCCUAGAGACGCAGCGAGAGAGGCAGAAGGGCCUCACCCGCCAGGUCUUCGAGCAGGACGCUUCUGGGGAUGAGAGGUCCAGCCCGGACGACUCGGAUGACCCCCGGCACUCCUCAGGCUCCCCAGACGACACCCCACGAAGCAGUGGUGCCUCUGGCAUCUUCGACCUGAGGAACUUGGCAGCCGACUCAUUGCUGCCCUCACUGCUGGAGCGCGUGGCCCCGGAGGAUGUGGACCGGCGCAAUGAGGCCCUGCGGCGGCAGCACCGGUCCCGUGCCCUGCUCACCCUCUACCCGGCGCCCGACGAGGAUGAGGCCGUGGAACGCUGCAGCCGCCCGGAGCCACCCCGAGAGCACUUCGGACAGAGGAUCCUGGUCAAGUGUCUGUCGCUUAAGUUCGAGAUAGAAAUCGAGCCCAUCUUUGGCAUCUUGGCCCUGUACGACGUGCGGGAGAAGAAGAAGAUCUCGGAGAACUUCUACUUUGACCUGAACUCAGACUCCAUGAAGGGGCUACUGCGGGCCCAUGGCACCCAUCCUGCCAUCUCCACCCUGGCCCGCUCUGCCAUCUUCUCCGUGACCUAUCCCUCGCCCGACAUCUUCUUGGUCAUCAAGCUGGAGAAGGUGCUGCAGCAGGGGGACAUCAGCGAGUGCUGCGAGCCCUACAUGGUGAUGAAGGAGGUGGACACAGCCAAGAACAAAGAGAAGCUAGAGAAGCUGCGCCUGGCGGCUGAGCAGUUCUGCACCCGUCUGGGCCGCUACCGCAUGCCCUUUGCCUGGACGGCGGUGCACCUGGCCAACAUUGUGAGCAGCGCGGGCCAGUCGGACCGGGACUCGGACUCGGAGGGCGAGCGCCGACCCACUUGGACUGACCGCCGCCGUCGGGGGCCCCAGGACCGGACGAGUAGCGGGGACGACGCCUGCAGCUUCUCCGGCUUCCGCCCAGCCACGCUAACUGUCACCAACUUCUUUAAGCAGGAAGCUGAACGGCUCAGUGAUGAGGACCUCUUCAAGUUCCUGGCUGACAUGCGGCGCCCGACAUCCCUGCUGCGGCGCCUGCGGCCCGUGACCGCCCCUGAGAACCCCCACUUCUGCCUCUCCCCGGAGCUGCUUCAUGUCAAGCCCUACCCAGACCCCAGGGGUCGGCCCACCAAGGAGAUUCUGGAGUUCCCCGCCCGUGAGGUCUACGCCCCCCACACCAGCUACAGGAACCUGCUGUACGUGUACCCGCACAGCCUCAACUUCAGCAGCCGCCAGGGCUCCGUGCGCAACCUCGCCGUGCGAGUGCAGUACAUGGCGGGCGAGGACCCCAGCCAGGCCCUGCCGGUCAUCUUCGGCAAGUCCAGCUGCAGCGAAUUCACCCGCGAGGCCUUCACACCAGUGGUCUACCAUAACAAGUCCCCUGAAUUCUACGAGGAAUUUAAGCUGCGUCUUCCGGCCUGUGUGACCGAGAACCACCACCUGCUGUUCACCUUCUACCACGUCAGCUGCCAGCCCCGGCCAGGCACGGCCCUGGAGACUCCUGUGGGCUUUACUUGGAUCCCACUGCUGCAGCACGGCCACCUGAGGACCGGCCCCUUCUGCCUCCCUGUGUCCGUGGAUCAGCCCCCGCCCAGCUACUCCGUGCUCACACCGGACGUGGCGCUGCCGGGCAUGCGCUGGGUGGAUGGCCACAAGGGUGUGUUCAGCGUGGAGCUCACGGCUGUGUCGUCUGUGCACCCCCAGGACCCCUACCUGGACAAAUUCUUCACCCUGGUGCACGUCCUGGAGGAAGGGGCCUUUCCAUUCCGGCUCAAGGAUGCCGUGCUGAGCGAGAGCACCGUGGAACAGGAGCUGCGGGCCAGCCUGGUGGCCCUGCGACUCGCCAGCCCUGAACCCCUUGUCGCCUUCUCCCACCACGUACUGGACAAGCUCGUACGCCUGGUCGUGCGGCCCCCGAUCAUCGGCGGCCAGAUCGUAAACCUGGGUCGUGUAGCCUUUGAAGCAAUGGCUCAUGUAGUCAGCCUCGUCCACCGGAGCCUGGAGGCUGCCCAGGAUGCCCGUGGUCACUGCCCACUGCUGGCUGCCUAUGUCUACUAUGCCUUCCGACUGCCUGGCACGGAGCCCAGCCUCCCAGGCAGGGCCCCUCCAGUGACGCUGCAGCCUGCCACGCUGGCCCAUGGCCCUGGCCGCCCCGCAAGCCUCUACCUGGCCCGCUCUAAGAGUAUCAGCAGCAGCAACCCUGACCUGGCCGUGGCCCCUGGCUCCGUGGAUGAUGAGGUCUCCCGCAUCCUGGCCAGCAAGGGUAUCGACCGCUCACACUCCUGGGUGAAUUCUGCUUAUGCUCCAGGAGGCAGCAAGGCGGUGCUGCGACGGGCACCCCCUUAUUGUGGGGCCGACCCCAGACAGGCCAUCGACCGCAGCUCUAGCCGAACCUCUUCCUACCUCGAGGGCUCCUCCUCGACCCCACCAGCCACCCAGCCGAGACCCACUGUGCAGAAGCUGCUUCACGAGGAGCUGGCCCUGCAGUGGGUGGUCAGCGGCAGUGCCGUGCGCGAGGCUGUCCUGCAGCAUGCCUGGUUCUUCUUCCAGCUCAUGGUGAAAAGCAUGGCGCUGCACCUGCUUCUGGGCCAGAAGCUGGACACACCCCGCAAGCUUCGCUUCCCUGGGCGCUUCCUGGAUGACAUUGCUGCCCUGGUGGGCUCUGUGGGCCUGGAGGUCAUCACCCGCGUCCACAAGGACGUGGAGCUGGCCGAGCACCUCAACGCCAGCCUGGCCUUCUUCCUCAGUGAUCUGCUGUCCCUGGUGGACCGCGGCUUUGUCUUCAGCCUGGUCCGGGCUCACUACAAGCAGGUGGCCACACGGCUGCAGUCGGCUCCCAACCCGGCGGUGCUGCUGACCCUGCGCAUGGACUUCACCCGCAUCCUAUGCGGCCACGAGCACUACGUGACCCUCAACCUCCCUUGCUGCCCCCUGUCACCCCCGGCCUCACCCUCGCCCUCCGUAUCUUCCACCACCUCACAGAGCUCCACCUUUUCCAGCCAGGCCCCAGACCCCAAGGUGAUCAGCAUGUUCGAGCUGAGUGGGUCGUUCCGGCAGCAGCACUUCCUGGCUGGGCUCCUGCUGACGGAACUGGCCCUGGCCCUGGAACCUGAGGCCGAGGGGGCGUCUCUGCUGCACAAGAAGGCCAUCAGUGCUGUCCACAGCCUGCUCUGUGGCCAUGAUGCUGACCCCCGCUACGCCGAGGCCACUGUGAAGGCCCGGGUGGCCGAGCUAUACCUGCCACUGCUGUCACUGGCGCGGGACACACUGCCACGGCUGCAUGACUUUGCUGAGGGUCCAGGUCAGCGGUCAAGACUGGCCUCUAUGCUCGACUCAGACACAGAAGGGGAAGGGGACAUGGGAGGCACCAUCAACCCCUCAGUGGCCAUGGCCAUUGCUGGUGGCCCCCUGGCCCCUGGCUCCCGGGCCAGCAUCUCCCAGGGCCCAGCGACAGCUGCUCGCUCGGGCUGUGCCCUCUCUGCCGAGUCUAGUCGGACCUUGCUGGUGUGUGUGCUGUGGGUCUUGAAGAAUGCUGAGCCAGCCCUGCUGCAGCGCUGGGCUGCGGACCUGGCCCUCCCUCAGCUGGGUCGUCUCUUGGACUUGCUGUACCUCUGUCUGGCUGCCUUUGAAUACAAGGGGAAAAAGGCCUUUGAACGUAUCAACAGUCUCACGUUCAAGAAGUCACUGGACAUGAAGGCCCGGCUGGAGGAAGCUAUCUUGGGCACCAUCGGAGCCCGACAGGAGAUGGUGCGACGGAGCCGUGAGAGGAGCCCAUUUGGGAACCAGGAGAAUGUACGCUGGCGGAAGAGCAUCACACACUGGAGACAAACCUCGGACCGUGUGGACAAGACCAAGGAUGAAAUGGAACACGAGGCCUUGGUGGACGGGAACCUGGCAACCGAGGCAAGCCUGGUGGUUCUGGAUACACUGGAGAUCAUCGUGCAGACGGUGAUGCUGUCAGAGGCCCGGGAGAGUAUCUUGGGCGCGGUACUGAAGGUUGUGUUGUACAGUCUGGGCAGUGCCCAGAGUGCCCUCUUCUUGCAGCACGGCCUGGCCACACAGCGGGCCCUGGUAUCCAAGUUCCCAGAGCUGCUGUUUGAGGAGGACACAGAGCUGUGUGCCGACCUCUGCUUGAGGCUCCUGCGACACUGCGGCAGCCGCAUCAGCGCCAUCCGUACGCACGCCAGCGCCUCCCUCUACCUCCUCAUGCGCCAGAAUUUCGAGAUUGGCAACAACUUUGCCCGCGUGAAGAUGCAAGUGACCAUGUCGCUUUCGUCCCUGGUGGGGACAACGCAGAACUUCAGCGAAGAGCACCUGCGACGUUCACUCAAGACCAUCCUCACCUAUGCCGAGGAGGAUGUGGGGCUGCGGGACAGCACCUUUGCUGAGCAGGUCCAGGACCUGAUGUUCAACUUGCACAUGAUCCUGACUGACACGGUGAAGAUGAAGGAGCAUCAGGAGGACCCGGAAAUGCUCAUUGACCUCAUGUACAGGAUUGCCCGGGGCUACCAGGGCUCCCCAGACCUGCGGCUGACAUGGCUGCAGAACAUGGCGGGGAAGCACGCGGAGCUGGGCAACCACGCGGAGGCUGCGCAGUGCAUGGUUCACGCGGCCGCCCUGGUGGCCGAGUACCUCGCUCUGCUGGAGGACAGCCGCCACCUGCCUGUGGGCUGUGUUUCCUUCCAGAACAUCUCGUCCAACGUGCUGGAGGAGUCCGCCAUCUCUGACGACAUCCUGUCGCCUGAUGAGGAGGGCUUCUGUUCCGGGAAGCACUUCACGGAGCUGGGGCUGGUGGGGCUGCUGGAACAGGCGGCUGCCUACUUCACCAUGGGUGGGCUCUACGAGGCAGUGAAUGAGGUCUACAAGACCCUCAUCCCCAUCCUGGAAGCCCACCGCGACUACAAGAAGCUGGCUGCUGUGCACGGCAAACUGCAGGAGGCCUUCACCAAGAUCAUGCACCAGAGCUCCGGCUGGGAGCGUGUGUUCGGGACAUAUUUCCGCGUGGGCUUCUACGGUGCCCGCUUUGGUGACCUAGAUGAACAGGAGUUCGUGUACAAGGAGCCAUCCAUCACAAAGCUGGCCGAGAUCUCACACCGGCUGGAGGAGUUCUACACGGAGAGAUUUGGGGAGGACGUGGUCCAGAUCAUCAAAGAUUCUAACCCUGUGGACAAGACCAAGCUGGACCCCCAGAAGGCCUACAUCCAGAUCACGUACGUGGAGCCGCACUUCGACACCUAUGAGCUCAAGGACCGGGUGACCUACUUCGACCGCAACUACGGGCUGCGAACCUUCCUGUUCUGCACGCCCUUCACGCCGGACGGGCGCGCACACGGAGAGCUGCCCGAGCAGCACAAGCGCAAGACGCUGCUCAGCACAGACCACGCCUUCCCCUACAUCAAGACACGAAUCCGCGUGUGCCACCGGGAGGAGACAGUGCUGACGCCAGUAGAGGUGGCCAUUGAGGACAUGCAGAAGAAGACUCGGGAGCUGGCCUUCGCCACCGAGCAGGACCCGCCUGAUGCCAAAAUGCUGCAGAUGGUGCUGCAGGGCUCCGUGGGGCCCACUGUAAACCAGGGUCCACUGGAGGUGGCCCAGGUGUUUUUGGCCGAGAUCCCGCAAGACCCUAAGCUCUUCAGGCAUCACAACAAGCUGCGGCUCUGUUUCAAGGACUUCUGCAAGAAGUGCGAGGAUGCGCUGCGGAAGAACAAAGCCCUGAUUGGGCCGGACCAGAAGGAGUACCACCGUGAGCUGGAGCGCAACUACUCCCGCCUGCGGGAGGCUCUGCAGCCUCUGCUCACCCAGCGCCUGCCUCAGCUGCUGGCGCCAAACACAGCCGGCUUCAGGAACUCCUUGAACAGAGCAAGUUUCCGGAAGGCUGACCUCUGAGCCCACAGGGCCUGAAGCCACACCCAGAGGAACCAGCACCCUGGACUCAGCUGUCUGUGCCUUCCUGACAGUCUCCCCUGCUGCCCACUCAGCCAUGGGGUGACCACAUCACACAUGGGUCUGGGCCCUCUGUCCCUCUAUUCUCGUCUGUGUGCACUGAUGCCUCUUACCUUUUCUAAUUUAAAAUGGUUUUUAUAAACAG